AUGAAGUUCGACUGCUGCCAUCUCCCGAAUGGCAUUGAAGUGGGCGUGACCCCGGUCUUUGGGGGGUUCAAGUUCCAGGCAAAAUCCCACGAGGAAUAUGGCUCCUUCCCGCCAGAGUGGACUGUCUGUCUAUCGACGAAGGAGGGGCCCGAUUGUCAUUUUGAAGACGCCAACGAUACCGACUCGCGCCCUUUCACUGUCCCCUCCCUGAACUGCGACGCACUAUACCUGUCAUCGUUAUCGUUGCCUUCCUGUAAGGACCUCAAGCCGAGCAGCGCACCCACAAGGUUGGUCGCAAUGGUCUUAUGGGUCACGUUCUAUUGGUAUUUCCAGGAACCGGAUCCUACAUCGUCCAAGCCGGGCCCUCCUAGUACCUCUAAUGCAGCUCCGAGGACAAAGGAAUGGCUCCUCCACAUCCAACGCCUGGGAAUCCUGUCCCGAAAAGACCAAAUGCUAAAGAUCGAGCGCUUAGGAAUGGUCGGCACCAGGGAUACCUCAGUCAACUCUAAGUCAGAUAUGUUCAUCACCCAAAAGGCCUUCUGGCAGCUGGACCCCCGGAUUCAUCUCUUCAGCAUCAGCUCCGUCAUGCCAGAACCGGGCCAGGUCUACCCUGGACCCUCCGGCUCCCUCGACUCUCUAGGAGUAGGCUUCCCUUUCGGCGCUGGUCCACUCACGGCCGGCACAUUCCUUCCCCCCUACUACCCUCCACAACCUCUAGAGUAUAUCUACACAGGACACAUCCGUCACCCACGCCGCCCAAAGGCAUAUAUCCAAGGCGAAGUAUUCUACGUCCGCUGGAUCCCAAGUGGGGGAGAGUUUCUUACCUUCCGGGUCCCUGUCCUUCCGACGACGAACGCCCUCCACAGACAUCCGUCAACAUCAAGCGAACGAAGCAAUUCGGGACCAAACCUCUGUCUGGACUCCGACCUAUCCAAUGACCUUAAGCUCGUCUAUGACUGGGUCCAAAAACGACCGCCGGAUACAGCGCUCCCACGCCGCAAAUCAAUCGUCGAGCAGUCUAGUUUCCUAGAGGAGCGCAUGUGUGCCCAGAAUUCCUUCCCAGUGCUAGUAUGCUGGGACUCUCAUCCAAUGGGGUACUUUGAGUUAUUCUGGGUUUUGGAAGAUUCUGUUUGUCGGUUUCUCGACCAUGCAGACGAUUUUGAUCGUGGAGUGAGGUGUUUUAUUGGAGGGGAGGAGUUUCUGGAACCGAAGUACUUGAAACGAUGCAUGAGUUCGUUGGUCCAUCAUUGCUGGCUUUACGAUCUGAGAACAAACACGGUUGUUUGUGAGUGUAGGGCUGAUAAUCUUGACGUUAUCUUUGCUUUGGAGUCUAUUGGGUUCAGUAGACUCAAGGAUGUCAAGUCUCCUGGUCAACAUAAUACCAUAAUGACGAUUGGCCGCGGUAGGUGGGUAGCGCCGGUGUUAUAA